AUGAGUGUAUUCAUAUCCUCUCCGUUAGAUAUUCCAGCAAUCUCUCAUUCAAUGAAGGACCUUCAGGACGUUUUGGAUGCACAUGGUUAUCGCGUUGCCUCACUGUUUAUACCUGAUAAGCCAAGUGAUGAAAGCGGAGAAAAAACUGAGUUACAACUUAGCAACCUGCAACAUCCCAUAAACAUCUGCUUUAGUUCAGAAGUCUCUUCUCUCUCUCAAAAACCUGCUAAAGCCUCACUUGAAUAUGAAAAGCUAGUUGAUUUUCUCAAGCACUUGUCGUCAAAUUCGUCGAACGACUUUAGUGUUCUUGCGCAGGCAUUGGUUGCUAGUUUGGAGGUGCAGAUAGGUGAUCUCAUGGCUUAUGAUAGGCCGACCUACAUCUCUCUCGUUGCUGAGGCUCUGGACAUCGUUGAACGGACAAAACCGGAGAAUUCUCACACCUUCGACUCCGAGCUAGUUUCCAUUUACAUCUCCCCAUUCGACAAUGAUUUCCUCCUUGCAUUAACACGCGUUUUAAAGGCUCUUGCGCAUGGGGAGGGAGUUAUUGUUUAUUGUGCCUCGUUACGGCUGAUGCUACCUUUGUUCGUGUUCACAAAGCGCGCUAUUGCUGCUGGUGCUCCACCACAUUCUAUCACGUUUCUGCCUCUCAAAAAAGUCGAUAAAAAGGACUCUUAUGCAUCUUCAACUCAAAUUAUCAUGAAACCUGCCGACUUGGAUAGUGCUGCGAGGGCGAUUGUGAAGGGCGCCUCCUAUCAUGCUGGAACAUCAUCAUGGCGUCCGUCAGUGGUUCUAGUUGAACAAUCUUACGAGAAUGACUUCCAUAAGAGGGUGAAGAAUCUGAUUUCCAGUGCAGUUCACGCAACUGAUGCCCUGAAUGAAAACUCACAUCUUCUCAACUGCUGCGCCAUCCCAUCUUACUUAAAAGAGGAUUUAGACGUGUUUCUUGAAUUGGCUUCGAAAGAUGGUGGAGAAAUCCUUCGUCCUUCGGAUGCUACUGGUCCUGUUUUCAUCUUUGGUCUUACUCCAGCCUCGGCGGUGUUGGACAAGGCCAAGCGUUUUCCACUUGGUCCUUUCACUUUUGUCAUGCCUUUCCGUACAGUGAAAGAAGGCCUUAAACUGGCCAAGUACUUCAGCGAUCGUGAAGUUCGUGUUUUGGGAGCUGGCGAGUACGCAAAUUACAUUCCUAAAUUGGCCACAAUUUGGACAGAGAACUCCAGUCUCUCCCUUCAGGUGCUCGCUAGGCUGUCUGGUUACACAACACUUGGAGUGAAUUCUGACAUUCACCGUCUUUCUGCCUCAUUUUACCUAUCUGAGUGCUCUGCUAGUGUUCCGAAUGUUCAUUUUCCCGGUCUCCCCGUUCCUGUGAAUGAGAUCUUCCGCAAUGUCAAUGCGAAUGCUGCUGCUGAACUGUCUAAGACCAUUGCUUCUACAGAGAAGCUGUUCCAGGCCUGGAGGCAAAUCCCUCUUGAUAGGCGACUCAGGACGUUUACGCCUUGCGAAGACCUAGCUUCUAUCAUCCCCAAAUUAGAACAGCUUAACUGUGACAUCUUGGCUCAGCUUGCUCCAGACUGUACGCAUCUAACUUUUGAUGAGCGGUUGAACUGCGCUUUCAAAAAUGGGCGUCUCUGCCUUCUCACUAAAUGGCAGGAACCUUGUGGAACAGUGAUCAUUGUCCUUAAGUCUGGAGAAUUAUUGCUCGAGCUCAAGGAGCUGAUCCUCUCCUCAAUCGUUCUGGGCAAUGUUGUAGUUCUAGCAGUGCCUAAGUCCGUCACACUCAACGAAGAGGUGCAUGCCUUCUGUGGCACGAUAAACCAGCUUGUUACACAAUGUUGCCCUUCUCUUGGCUUAUUGGGACUCAUUGUUCAAACGAAGCAGUUUGAUGUUUGCCCUAAGGGUAUCUCUUCGGCUCUUUCCAGUCUUGCGGUGUCUGGAGUCAUCUGUAUCUCCGCCCCCGAAGGGGAGUGUGUUACGGCUCGAGUAGAUGUGAAGAGUCUCUGCCACUUUACCUCAGUUUUCUGGUCUCUGGGUGGUGAUCUCUUUGCCAACUAG